AUGCCCUGGAUCUUCUCUCGACGCCUAAAUCUCCCGUCGUCCGGCUCACACGGCGGCGGUGAUCCCUUUGCGUCGCCCAUCAAGUCCUUCUUCAACAUGGGGGGCGGCAAACGUGGGGAUAUGACAGAGGAAAUAGACGAAGUCGAUUUGGCGGUUUGGUGGGUCCCAGCGAGUGAUGCUACCCAAGGGAUGUAUCUGAGGAGAUUGGAGGGCGAGAUACAUCUCGCCAAGGACUUACAGCCGACAUGCAGGUUCCUUCCGUUUAGCGUCGAGUAUGCCAUUGAAAUGCUCCCACUGGUUUCACAAUCUUUUGAGCCAUAUUCAACUGGGCGAGAAAAGUUUAUUCUCAUACACCCUGUGGAGAUCGCCACACAUCAUUCUGAGGAAGGCCCUAUGCCAACUGCCUUCACCAAACCUUUCCCUGAUCGAGAACGAGAGAAAAGGGAGAAGGACAGGGAGAAAGAAAAGGAACAUAUGCCAGAACCGCACCCUAUCAAACCGGAACGUGAGGAAGACGGGUUGAUGACGUCAUGUGGUCAACUCGUGCGAUGUCAAACUCAAAUCAUCGAUGUUGGUGAUAGCGAUUCAUACAACGGCACAGUUACCGGUGUCAAACCUGACAAUACCGCUGGACAUCAACUAUCUCCCGAGCACUCAUUGAACGCGGAGUCUCCGAAUAGAUUCCCUCAUCGAACUACGGCUCCUCUUAACAGAGUUGGCACGCGCCUUCCUCGGUAUUCAGCUCUAGGCAGCCAGCAGUCAAUAUCAGAUUAUGAUGUUGAGCCUUACGCUGAUGGUGAAACCAUUGAUCCACGGAGCACCACUGACGAUGGCAUUACAGCGCCCCCAGUUGAGGACGCGUCCUCUCAAAACAGAUUAAGUGCUAGAGAAUCGGUCGGAUCAGCGUCGCCCCCUCGGUACUCAUUCGCCCCUCCCAGAUAUUCAAGCGCCUUUGGCGUUUCAGCCCAGCAAGUCACGACAGGAAGGGCCGAACACAUAUACAACAUAUGCAGUGGGUUGAAGAACAAGCCAUGGGUUACCUUCCGUGUAUUCAGCCAACCGUCACCAGGCGCUUCAUCAAAGCAUCAGGACCUUCCCCGCUUUUCAAGCGGCGACAUAGUUGCGGGCCUGAUCGAGUUCACACUAGAUAGCCCUCAGACUAUAAACUCAAUUACUGUCUCCCUUCGUGGACGCGUCAUAAGAGGUUACCUCGCCGAAGAAUCUGACACAUUCCUUGACCACCAAGUUAGCAUCUGGACACGCGCCGAUGGAGAUCCCCAUUUCCCAGACCAAGGGUCCACGAAAAAGUUCAAUGGGAGACUCAAUGGGGCGCACCAUUUCCCAUUUGCUUUCCCAUUUCCCACCCUUGUCGAUAUAUCGACUUCAACUGCAUUCCCUCCACCGUUUCAAACUCUUCAAGAUCCUGUUGGCUCGUCGCCCAAUCCGAGCUCUUCGAAUGCUACGGUUUCUCCGACAAGGUCGAGUUCGCUUCUACCUGCCACCACACCACCUACUCGCUUCCGUUCACGCAGCAUACCCACGAAUGCCACUUUCUUUUCAGAUGAGUACAAACGACCACUUUAA